UCUGAUAAGAACGAUCCAUUUCCCUUCCUCGCAUGGGUAUAAAAAUAUAACAUCUGUUUUUUGGGCAUAAUUUAUUUCUAUUUCCGUUUCUCACUCUCUGUUGCCCCUUUCAUUGUGAUCAUUUUCGCUUUUCUUUUACUUGUAAUGCAAAAAAUAACCCACAUAAAUCUACAUAAGUGAACAGACACAGAAGAAAAACGAAGGCUUCUUUGAGGUUUGGAGCUCUUGUCCUUUUGAGUUUUGACUUGUGAUUCACCAAGAGGCAUUGGAGACACUAUUUGUUUGCUAUUUCACUAUAGUCUUGGACCUUUUCCUGGGUUAUGGGCUGAGUUUGGGCAUUUCAUGGGAGGUGUAGAGGAUGAUGAACCACCCACAAAACGUGUGAAAGUAUCCUCAGGUGAAUUGAGGAGCCUCUUGAACAAUUCGUCUCUUACAGAGCCCCUUGUUGGCUCUUUGGGAGACUUGAUGGCUCGUCCUCUACCUUCACAAGGGGAUGAAGAGAUGGUUGGUACUAAAGGAAUUAUUAAAAGAGUGGAAUUUGUCAGGAUCAUAACCAAAGCCUUGUACUCUCUUGGUUAUGAGAAGAGUGGGGCUCUUCUAGAGAAAGAAUCAGGAAUACCUUUACACUCUUCUGUGGUUAACUCAUUUAGGCAACAAGUGCUUGAUGGAAAUUGGGAUGAAAGUGUGGCCACAUUGCAUAAAAUUGGUCUCACCGAUGAAACUGUUGUAAAGUCGGCAUCUUUCUUGAUAUUGGAGCAGAAAUUCUUUGAGCUUUUGGAGAAGGAUAAAUUUAUGGAUGCUUUGAAGACAUUAAGGUCUGAGAUAGCACCUCUUUGCAUUAACACAAGUCGGGUGCAUGAGCUCUCCGCCUGCAUUGUGUCUCCUUCUCGCUGCUUAUUAUCUGGGCUCUCCAGUCAAGAUAUUGUGAGUACAAACUCACGAUCAAAGCUUUUGGGAAAAUUGCAGGAAUUGCUUCCCCCAACUGUUAUGAUACCUGAAAGAAGGUUAGAACAUCUAGUUGAGCAGGCUCUUAAUGUUCAACGGGAGGCUUGUGUGUUUCACAACUCUUUGGAUAGUGCACUGUCAUUGUACUCUGAUCAUCAAUGUGGAAAGGACCAGAUUCCUUCUCAUACUUUACAGGUCUUGCAAGCCCACCGUGAUGAAGUCUGGUAUUUGCAAUUUUCGCAUAAUGGGAAAUACUUAGCUUCGUCAUCUAAUGAUCGAUCAGCAAUUAUAUGGGAGGUUAAUGAGGAUGGUGGAGUCUCCUUGAAGCAUAGACUAACUGGACACCAGAAACCUGUGCUGACUGUUUCUUGGAGCCCUGAUGACCGGCAGCUCCUCACCUGUGGAAUGGAGGAAGUUAUCAGACGUUGGGAUGUGACUUCUGGUGUAUGUCUCCAAGCUUAUGAAAAAGCUGGUGUUGGUUCGAUCUCCUGUGGAUGGCUUCCUGAUGGGAAACGGGUGUUCUCUGGUAUGACUGACAAGAGUAUUUGUAUGUGGGAUUUGGAUGGGAAAGAGCUGGAGUGUUGGAAAGGGCUGCGGACACUGAAGAUCUCAGACAUGGCCAUCACAAAUGAUGGGAAGAGGAUUAUAAGCAUGUGUAGGGAAAAUGCGAUACUUCUGCUCGACCGAGAAGCAAAAGUGGAGGGUGAGAUUGAAGAGAAUCAAACAAUUACUUCAUUCUCAUUAUCAAGGGACAAUAAGUUCUUGCUGAUUAAUCUUUUUAACCAAGAAAUCCAUCUGUGGAGCAUCGAUGGUGAUCUUAAGCUUGUCUCCAAGUACAUGGGUCACAAACGCAGUCGGUUUGUCAUUAGGUCUUGCUUUGGUGGCUUUGACCAAGCCUUCAUUGCCAGUGGAAGUGAAGAUUCACAGGUCUAUAUAUGGCAUAGAGCAACUGGAGAACUCCUGGAGGCAUUGCCUGGACAUUCUGGAGCUGUUAACUGUGUUAGCUGGAAUCCUGCAGACCCCCACAUGUUGGCAUCUGCAAGUGAUGACCGUACAAUUCGUAUAUGGGGUUUAAAUCGGGUUAACCUUAAGCGCAAGGACACUUACUGUAAUGGCAUCAUCCACCACUGCAAUGGAGGAACAUAAGAGCAAAUGAAAAUGAAAAGAAACAAAAAUAUUACUUGAAUUGGUCAGGUUUUAUUGUUAAUUUCAAGUCCAUUGCAUUGUGUAAAUUCUCUUCCUUCUUAUCUUGGCAUGCAUAGCAAACAAGCAUGUAAAGUUUGCUACUGCUAUCUGCCAACAAACCAUUUACUGAUCAACAUUUUUUUUCUUCCAAAUUUCUCCCAAUUUGUUUUUCUAAUUGGAGAUUGUUCAAAGCA